UUAAUAUCUCCGCAAUUGUAAGUAGACUGGCAAUACACAAAUGACGUUCGUCGCAAUUAUCGAUUGCGAAUAAAAAUAGUUCCAUAUAAACACUUGUAGCUUUUGCCGUGUGGACACGAUUCGCUGACCAAACAGCGCGGAUCAAACAAAAUUAUCAUAACAACGUUUCGCCAGACGCGCGUCCAAUUUGUCUCAGAGACACGACGUGGACAGCACGGCGUCCGACUUGCUUGUUUGCUUUUUAAAUUACUUUUAACAUGAUUAAAUUAGUUGUUCUGUUAUGUGCGCUUGGAAUUUGCGGUAAAGUUUUCGGUCUCGAAACGACAACGUACGAGUUAUUAAUGCCUAAUGUCUAUCCACACAGGGACGAGCUAUACCUCUGCACUCCCAUCCGAAUCUUCCCAGACAGAAGCUAUUCCAUAGUGGGGUUUGAACCGAACGCGAGCAUGCACACAGCCCAUCACAUGCUGCUGUAUGGAUGCUCGGAACCAGGCUCCAACGAUAGUGUUUGGAGUUGCGGUGAGAUGUCAAGCAAUGAAAUUGACGCACAGUACAACACUGCAAGCCCGUGCCGCUCCGGAUCUCAGAUCGUGUACGCAUGGGCUCGAGACGCUCCUAGCUUGACGCUCCCCGAGGGAGUCGGGUUCCUAAUCGGCAAGAACUCGCCCAUCAAGUACUUGGUGCUGCAAGUGCAUUACAUGUCGAAGUUCCCAGAAGGCAAAACGGAUAACUCGGGUGUCUUUCUGAAGUAUACACAGGAACAGAUGCCCCGCCAAGCCGGCGUGUUCCUGCUCGGCACCAGCGGAGCCAUUCCCCCGAAGAAGGUGGAACAUAUGGAGACGGCCUGCACUAUGACAGAGGACAAAGUCAUACAUCCUUUCGCGUUCCGAACUCAUACUCAUUCUCUCGGCAAAGUGGUAACCGGCUACGUGGUUCGCAAGAACGAGCAGGGCGAUGAAUGGAACCUGAUCGGCGAGAAAAACCCCCAGCUGCCACAGAUGUUCUAUCCCAUACAAGACACCUCGCCCAUUAGUAAGGGAGACAUCAUUGCUGCUAAGUGUGUGAUGAAUAAUACUCACGAACACACUGUUAGGAUUGGGGCCACGAAUAAGGAUGAGAUGUGCAACUUCUACCUGAUGUACUGGGUGGAACACGAUACCCCGCUAGACCAGAAGUACUGCUUCUCGGCCGGGCCACCCUACUACUACUGGUCGCGCGCGCCGCAGAACUUCAACCGCAUCCCCGUCAGCGAUAACACCAAGUACACGUAAACG